AGAGAGAGCCAUAGCUACGAGAACUUCAGUUUUGAAGGGUUGUGAGAGAGCCAGAGCCAAUUAGCCAUAAUUUCUCUUUGAAGAACUGAACUUUGAAGAGGCAUUUCCAUUAAUUCUGCUGUAUAUACUGUGUUCUUGGUGGAUUAAGGAGUCUGUACUCUGCAGAAUCCAGGGUUUCUGGUGAAAUUGGAGUUAGGUGAGUUCAAUAACUGAUUAAUCUUUCCUAAAGAUUGAAUUUUUAGCUGGAAAUGGUGUUGGAGAAGAGAGAAGAAACCCUAUUGUGCUGAACAAGAGAGAAAGAGAAACCAAGAUAGUGCGUGAGUAGUGGAGAAAAACAUUCCUGAAAUCGAAUUCCUUGUGGACGUUCCUUGCACUGCUUUUUGCCGCCGUGAAGCCUCAUUCUGUAAUGGGAUUUCUGGGGAUCACGAGGAGGUUUCGUGGACUCUACCGCAGCGGAACAAGAAACAAUGUACUUCUAUGCAGUUCCUACCUUCAGAGGAGAUUCUUGUCGGACUAUUACGAUGGAAUCAACGGCCAAAAUUCGGUAUUACCAGUCUUGAUCGUCGGUGCAGGACCGGUUGGCCUCGUUCUCUCUAUUUUCUUGACUAAACUAGGGGUAAAAUGUGCAGUUCUGGAGAAAAGCAGUGCUUUCUCGAGGCACCCUCAAGCUCAUUUCAUCAACAAUCGGUCGAUGGAGGUAUUUCGGAAGUUAAAUGGCCUGGGUGAUGAAAUUCUGAGGUAUCAGCCGCCGGUGGAUUUAUGGAGGAAGUUCAUAUAUUGUACUUCGCUCACUGGUCCAGUUCUGGGUUCUGUUGAUCAUAUGCAACCUCAAGAUUUUGACCAUAUUGUCAGCCCAGUUUCUGUUGCACACUUUUCACAGUACAAACUUAUGAGGUUGCUAAUUGAACAGCUCGAGGACAUUGGUUUUCAUAUCAGAAGUGAUGGGUUAAUGAACUCUGCUGACUGCAAGCUUGCAGAGAAGGAGAUAUUAUUGGGGCAUGAGUGCAAAUCUAUCAAUGUUACAGAAAAUGGUAUAACUGUGACUGCACAUGUAACAGGGGAAGGAAAGCAUGUAAGGAAAGAUUUCCUAUGUAAUUUCGUUGUCGGUACAGAUGGUGCAGGAAGUACAGUGAGAAAACUAAUGGGAACAGCCAUGAGUGGCGAGCAGGACUUGCAAAAGCUUGUUAGUGUACAUUUUAUGAGCCAGGACCUUGGGCAAUACUUGAUAAAAGAGAGACCAGGAAUGCUGUUUUUUAUCUUUAAUACUGAAGCCACAGGUGUUCUUGUUGCUCAUGAUCCAAAGCAAGGGGAAUUUGUAUUGCAGGUACCUUUCUAUCCACCCCAGCAGAAGUUUGAAGAUUUUAACCCCGGGAUGUGUGAACAAUUAAUCUUCAAACUGGUCGGCCGAGAGCUUGCAGACAUAAAUGUGCUGGAUGUUAAGCCUUGGGUGAUGCAUGCUGAAGUUGCUGAGACAUUCUUAGCCGGUAACAACAGAAUAAUACUUGCUGGUGAUGCUGCUCAUCGCUUCCCCCCUGCUGGUGGUUUUGGUAUGAAUACUGGCAUUCAGGAUGUCCAUAAUCUUGCCUGGAAGUUGGCUUCCGUACUCAAGGGAAUCGCACCACCGUCAAUUCUUUCCACUUAUGAAACAGAGCGUAGGCAGAUUGCUCUCUUUAAUACAGCACUAAGUGUCCAAAAUUUUAAAGCUGCAAUGGCAGUUCCUGCUGCUCUUGGUCUUGAUCCCAGGAUUGCUAAUUCAGUACAUCGCGCUAUAAACGAUACUUUUGGUUCCAUAUUACCGUCUGGUCUACAAAGGACUAUUUUGGAUGGAAUAUUUAGUAUAGGCCGUAUGCAGCUUUCCAAUUAUCUUCUGAAUGAAAAUAAUCCUCUUGGAUCGUCAAGGCUUUCUAGACUAAGACAGAUAUUUGAAGAAGGGAAAAGCCUUCAGCUCCAGUUCCCUGCCGAGGACUUAGGGUUCAGGUAUUCUAAAGGAGCGCUAGUAUCUGAUGGUGAUAGUUUGUCGGGUGCACCACAAGAAACACCAACUGGACGUAGGAGGGACUAUAUUCCCUCUUCAGACCCUGGAUCUAGACUGCCUCAUAUGCAAAUUCGAGCAUUAUCAGAACUCCUGAAUAAGGACGCCUUCUCUACUCUGGACCUUGUAUCUGUGGAUAAUGUCGAGUUUGUUCUUAUUAUAGCGCCAGUAGAAGAGUCCUAUCAGCUAGCCCGAGCUGCAUUUAAGGUGGCUGAGGAAUUUAAAAUUCCACUUAAAGUAUGCAUAAUGUGGCAACAAAAAUCAACAGGAGGAGUAGUCAACAGCAAAAAAGCACUUUUUCCUUGGACGAAUUUUAUAGACGUGAUCGAAGCUAAGAGUUGUCCUACUUCACCGUCGUGGUGGGAUCUCUGUCAGAUGACGGAUAGAGGAGCCAUUUUAGUGAGGCCUGAUGAGCACAUUGGUUGGCGGGCAAAGACCGGAAUCAAGAACAAUCCUCAUUUGGUUCUAAAGAAAGUUUUUUCUGCUGUACUGGGAUUAGAGUCCAGCCCCACAUAGUGAAAUAUAUAUUUCCAAAGGAAGACAUUUAUUAUUAUUACAACAUUCAUAAACUUUUUCUGCCAGUAGUAGUACAGCAAGAUGAUAACAUGUUCAUGGUUACUAGAUAGUAAUCCACUGAUUUGUUGAUUGAAUUUAAUCUCAGACUGCAAAACUGGAGACACUUAAAUACAAUAUUGUUUUCUUACUAAAACUGAUUUUGCUAUUUACGUUAGAUACUGAAAAUCCAGAAAUGCUCCUUUAUACUAACUUGCCCUUCUCAUACAUAGAAGACAUAAUCUAAUACGAUGGGACUUGGGAAGCUGGCACCAUUUUCUGAA